CUUAACUGACUUGCCUAGUUAAAAAAAAUAAAAAAUGCUGCAUUUUUUGUGACUGAUCUCUGAUUGGCCAUUGAAAGGGGGUGUGCAUUGUUCGUCAGAUCCGGACGGGACAAAGAUGGCGGCACUUACUAGAGGCUCAUUGACAUUUAUGAGACGCUUGGUAUGUUUGUUUGAGUUUUUCCCAAAUGUUAAUCCCCAAGUGAAAGCUUUGCAAAAUAGUUGAUGAUGCACAAGGAUCAUACAUUUAGAAAAACUGCCAAUGUACAUCAAUCUAGAUACUUUACCCAUGCAGCUGCUAGCCAGACUAGCAAACAAACUACGAAGCUGAAUGGCUAACGUUAGUUAACUAACUAGCUAGCUAGUCUACAUUACAGUGGGAUUUAAAUAAAAAAAAUCGUGUUGUAUUGACGAAAAAUUGCUAUCUGCUCGCUACUACUAGCCAAACUAUCUAGCUAGCCAGCUAAUUGACUCAAACUGUUGACGAUGUGUAUGACAGAAUUGAACUUGAAUGCCAAUGUCAACCCUCGGUUACAAUGUCUUUGCAACAAAAGUUUCCAGUUACCUAUCUAGAUAAACAAUUUAUCCAUGAAUGGCUACAACAUUUUGGGAUUGACGAUUUCACUUUGUUGGAUGUUAGAUAAUAGAUAACUAAAUUUGCUGUGUAUCUAGUAAACUUUUGGUAGCUACCCAGCAAUCAUGCUAUAUAAUAACUUCAGAUGCUGUGUUUUGAAUUAGCCAGCUAGUGCCCAGACCAAACACGACCCCAUCAAAUGAAUGGUCAUGGCAUGGCUCUAUUUAUUGUCAGCGUUUAUCAUCGCAGAUUUUGGAACAUCGGCACAAGCGUUGCUGUUCCAGGGUCCAAACUGGCCGACCAGGCUACACCCUCCAUCCCCACUCUGUCGUCAUCCCGCAGCUGUGCAGCGCUAGGUUUUUUCACACCAGUUAUGGUGAGUAGGCUUCUGCACAAACAGUAUAUUCCAACUAAGGCGUGUUCGUUUUGCAUGGCCCGGUGCCGGUGGGUUUGUAAUUUUUUGACCAUUCCAUUGUUCCCUAAGUUAAAUCUCAACCCACCCGGGGCACCAGGCCAUGCAAAACGAACUAGCCCAAUGAGGAAGAACGCUGUUGACAGCGUACACAUUUACAUCAACGUAAUUUAGCAGACGCUCUUAUCCAGAGCGAUGUACAAGAGCAAUUAGGGCUAAGUGCCUUGCUCAAGGGCACAUUUUUCACCUAGUUGGCUCGGGGAUUAGAACCAGCGACCUUUCGGUUACUUUCACAACGCUCUUAACCACUAAGCUACCUGCCGCACAGGCUGUAAACAAACAAUCUUAAAGGUUCAAAUUAUGUUACAAAAUAUUAUCUUUUUCUUUGAAAGAAUGUAGUUAUAUUACAACAGAUGUCAUAUACCUAAGGCUAUGUGGAAGUAAUAGGCUAAAGAAUGAAUGUGUAGUUUUAAUUAUCAUUUAUUCUUCUUUACAGUCACACCAGGACUAAUUCUGCCAUUCAAACUAUCAGAUAUUGGCGAGGGCAUCAUGGAGGUGACGGUGAAGGAAUGGUAUGUUUUGAAAAUAUGGUACACCGAUGUGAGCACCGCUUUAUGAAUUAGGUUUUUAUAAGCGUUGCCACUAGAGGGCACACAAGUUUAAUGAUUACAGAGCAUUGCUGCUACGAGAUACAUAUUUUGUUUAGGUUCAAUGUCUCUUUCUGUUCCCAUAGGUAUGUAAAGGAGGGAGACAAGGUGUCCCAGUUUGACAGCAUCUGUGAGGUACAGAGUGACAAGGCAUCUGUCACCAUCACAAGUCGCUAUGAUGGUGUCAUUAAAAAGCUGUACUAUGAGGUGGAUGCUACAGCCUUAGUGGGCACACCGCUGGUGGAUAUCGAGACGGAGUCCGGUCCGGGUAGGUAGGCCGUCAAGGCACCAACACUAGAGUAAUGGGAAUGUCCCAACUUCUUAUGUAUGAAGUUGCUGACAGUGAACAUUUUUAGAACAGUUGGAACUGGAAACCUUGAAGCUGUUUCCUUGACCGUUUAUAUUACCGUUCAUCAUAAAAAAAACAUUUUGGAAGUCCAAAAACAACAUUGACUCCAGUUGGAAGAUGGUGAUGGUGACUUCAUGGUCGAUCUUUCAGAGGUGGCCCAUGAGGAGGAUGUUGUGGAGACCCCGGCGAUGUCACACGAUGAGCACACACACCAGGAAAUCAAGGGACACAAGACCCAGGCCACCCCUGCUGUCCGUCGUUUAGCUAUGGAGAACAAUGUGAGUUAUUAAAAAACACACACAAACCGUUAACACAAGUAUAGCAGCACACGGCCCCUUUAAACCAGUGGUGCCCACGCUCCUCCUAGAGAACUAAUUGGUUUUGUGGAUGUCCACUAGGGCUGGGAAUUGCCAGGAACCUCACAAUACGAUAUUCUCACGACACUUAGGUGCCGAUACGAUAUGUAUUGCGAUUCGAUAUUGCGAUUUGAUGUUCCAAACAUAUUGCUCACUGUGUCUACUACAGAGAGACUAGAGAGCAUGAGAAAAUGAGUCGACAAAAUAAGUGCUGAAAACAUGGUGGCUCACUAUUUAAAAAGAAGAUGGAAAACAAGUUAUAGGAUGAAAAAUACCGGUGUUGGGCGUUGCGUCCCGAGUGGCGCAGCGGUCUAAGGCACUGCAUCGCAGUGCUAGAGGCGUCACUACAGACCCGGGUUCGAUCCUGGGCUGUAUCACAACCGGCCGUGAUCGGGAGUCCCAUAGGGCGGCGCACAAUUGGCCCAGUGUCGUCCGGGUUUGGGGAGGGUUUGGCCGGGGGGGCUUUACUUGGCUCGUCGCGCUCUAGCCACUCCUUGUGGCGGGCCGGGCGCCUGCAGGCUGACCUCGGUCGUCAGUUGAACAGUGUUUCUUCUGACACAUUGGUGCGGCUGGCUUCCGGGUUAAGCGGGCGGGUGUUCAGAAGCGCGGUUUGGUGGGUCAUGUUUCGGAGGACGCAUGACUCAACCUUCGCCUCCCGAGCCCGUUGGGGAGUUGCAGUGAAAUUGGGGAGAGAAAGGGGGUAAAAUACAAACAAAAACAUAUCCGGCGUUUUGGUGCAGGUACAGCUGACUAGCGCUAGCUAACGCUAUCUACAGUAAAAAAAAAUCUAUAUAUCGUCCAAAAUAACAUUGCGAUAUGUAAAUGUAUUAUUUCCCCCAUCACUAAUGUCUACCUGUCUGUCCUUUUACCUCAUUGCCACUCCCCAUUAUUCCUUUACAUCAUGUCCACCUGUCUGUCUGUCCCCAUUAUUCCUUUACAUCAUGUCCACCUGUCUGUCUGUCCCCAUUAUUCCUUUACAUCAUGUCCACCUGUCUGUCUGUCCCCAUUAUUCCUUUACAUCAUGUCCACCUGUCUGUCUGUCCCCAUUACUCCUUUUCAGAUCAAGCUGAGUGAAGUGGUCGGAACCGGGAGAGACGGACGGAUCCUCAAAGAGGACAUCCUCAACUUCCUGGCAAAACAGACAGGGGCCAUCUUACCCUUGACCCCAUUCCACGAGAUCCAGCCCCCCCCUCCCGCAGCAUCCGCCCCCUCCCCGGCCGCCAAGCCCAAGGCAAAGCUCCCACCAAGUGUCCCGCUCCCUGCAAUCUCCAGGCCCGUCUUCUCGGGCACGGACAGCACUGAGCCCCUGAAAGGUAGAGGCAGCGUUACAGAGAUGGUUAAUGCUUCCAAUAAAUGUAUUUGCUUUCUGGGAUACAUCUCUGAUUCAGAGAAUAAUCACUAUGGGUGAUGGGUUGCUCUUUCAUUAAAACAUAUCCCUUUUAUCCAAUGUAUUCCUCGGAACGACCAGGUUUCCACAAAGCGAUGGUGAAGACCAUGACUGCAGCCUUGAAAAUCCCCCACUUUGGAUACUGUGAUGAGGUGAACCUGAGCAGGCUGGUACAGCUGCGCAAGGAGCUGAAGGGCCUGUCAGAGGCUCGUGGGGUCAAGCUCAGCUACAUGCCCUUCUUCAUCAAGGUGACCUUUGACUCCUGACAUGAUAUAAUGAUGUUGUGAAGUGACAUUUUGGGUGUCAAAGUGGCACGAUUGUCAAAAUGCACUGUAACACUUUAUUUGACAUGCUUGUUAUGACAUUGAAAUGAGUGUUAUAAGCUCAUGUCCAUUUGACCACUCAUGCCAAAUUACAUUAUAGUUAUGACCAAUUAAAUGGCUUCUGUUAUGACUAAAGUGAUAUAACAUCCUGAAGAGCAACCUCACUACAACGGGUGUCAUAAGUCUCAUGACGUAGUGGGAUGCAUCAUGUCAUACCAAAAGGACUAUGUUGGAGGAUUUGGAGAAAUAGUCUGCUUGCUGUGGUGAUAAUAAUAAUGAUCUUCUCUGUUUGAGCAGGCUGCUUCUCUUGGCCUACUCCAUUUCCCCGUCCUCAACGCCUCGGUGGAUGAGGCUGUUCAGAACAUCACCUACAAGGUAAGGCUGCCGGAAAGGGAGAUGGUGUUGGGGGACAAUAGUUUGUACAUCUCCCGUGCCUAGGUCCCCCAGAUCUAGAUAUUGCAGUGUUAUUAUAGACAAUGAUCUCCACCUGGCACAGCCAGAAGAGAACUGGCCACCCCUCAGAGCCUGGUUCCGCUCUAGGUUUCUUCCUAGGUUCCUGCCUUUCUAGGGAGUUUUUCCUAGCCACCGUGCUUCUACAUCUGCAUUGCUUGCUGUUUGGGGUUUUAGGCUGGGUUUCUGUAUAGCACUUUGUAAAAAGGGCUUUAUGAAUAAAUGCGAUUGAUUGAUACAUCAAAAUAUUCAAAUAACUCGGGUGUUUGUGCUUGCUCAUGGCAAGCAGAAUUCUGGACGGUAGAAAUAUAAUGAAUCAUUAACAUGAACAUGGAGAGAGUUGAAACUUCUCAGAUCCUCUCGUCUAAAUGAUUGAGAACCCAAACUGGGUGUGACUUGUACUGCUUUGUCUCCGUCCCCACCAGGCGUCCCACAACAUUGGCCUGGCCAUGGACACGAGCCAGGGUCUGCUGGUACCCAAUGUGAAGAAUGUGCAGAUGCUGAGUGUGUUUGAGAUCGCCGUGGAGCUCAACCGUAUGCAGAACCUGGGCGCCACGGGCCAGCUGGGCACGGCCGACCUCACAGGAGGCACCUUCACCCUCUCCAACAUCGGCUCGGUGAGCUGGGGGUGGGGUUUGGGGGCCUUGGGAGAAACUAAUGCUAAAGCUGGGAGGUUGAGCUUGAUAAGUAAUACUGAUAAAUUUAACAUAUUUUUUUUUCAAGCUUGUGUUACCGAUAAUGUAUUGAUGUUUUCAUAAUUAAAAGCCAGGUUGGCCUUUGGUAGCCAUCUAGUAAUGCUAACUUGAAUAGUAAUUGACAGCUAGCUACUGCAUUAUUAGUUUCCUAUGCUUGCUUGGGCCGCUUGUUCAGUCUUUACAUGUCAUGUAUUUGUGUAUUCCCUUGAAUCAGAUUGGAGGCACGUAUGCAAAGCCAGUGAUUUUGCCUCCUGAGGUGGCGAUUGGAGCUCUGGGAAAGAUCCAGGUUUGUGAAUCCUAAAUGACUAUCAGCUAUGUUGUCCAUGAUAGCUAUGGUGAGAAGCACAGGGGUACGGACCUCUGCUGAUAAUGGGAGCUGAGUGUUGGUGAUGGUUCUUAGCUCUGUGGGCAUGUGUCCGGCUGACUGGGAGGUGGCAACACGAUACAGACGCCUGAUUGAGCCUCAUGAAUCUCUCGGUACUUACAUUAUAUCUAUUUAGCGGUUAUGGAUGUCUUGAUUGCUUUAUCAAUAAUGGUCUCCUGACAUGUUCAUGCCGCUUCCAGGUCCUGCCGAGGUUUAACUCGAGGGAUGAGGUGGUGAAAGCUCACAUAAUGAACGUCAGCUGGUCGGCAGACCACCGGAUCAUCGACGGGGCCACCAUGGCGCGGUUCUCCAACCUGUGGAGGGACUACCUGGAGAACCCAGCAUCAAUGGUCCUGGACCUAAAAUGAGCCUGCGGUACCCUGGACGGCCUACUCUGGAUGCAAGCCCAGCAAUGCAAAACCAGUCACCAUGAUUAUGUGAAGAUGGUCUACUGUACUCUGACUCUCUGGGUAGUCACAUUGACUGGGUGUUACUGCUCCCGCCUCCUAGGCCUUCAAAAAUCUUUCUUCCUCAGAAUAUGGAUGGCUGCACAUGCCACGGACACUACAAGUUACCUAGUACUCGACAUUGUGAAACUAAUAUCUAGUUGCAGGCUGUUUUUAUCUUUGUGUGUGGCCUUAGUUUUAUUUCUGUUUUCUGGUUGCCUUACUGACAGGAUGGUUAUGAACAGUAGCGCUCUUUCCUGAAGAGCUGAAUGUUGGAAAACAGACCUUUAGUAAACCUGCUGUAUUUCUGAAAUACUGUAUGGCCCUGUAAAAAAAGGCCCUGCACCUUUUAAGGGUAUUGGUGCCGAAACCAGGGAAUAACCUUAAAGGUGCAUGGCCUUUUUUUUUAUAGCCCCACACAUUCCCUCAUCAACACUAGAAAGCUAUUUUCAAAGAAUGUGGGGUUUAGUGAUUCCCCUUGAAAAGCAUCAUCGCACAACAUGCACUUAUGUGUGUACAUAUCAGCUAUGAUAAUAAUGGACAGACAGCUCCUACAAUAGUUCCACAAUUGUUAGUUUGAUAAAUGUAUAUGUUACACAGU